UCGGCUUCUCUCCCACCGUCUUUCCCUUAAACGAUUAUCAAUUUUAAUGGUUAAAGAGAUGAAGUCGUCGUGGGACGAGGGAAGAUCGCGGACCGCCAGCUCGUCUUUAAGCGUCUCGGAUAAUCCAUUGACAAAAACGCUCUGUAGUGCGCGGCGGCGUUCCAGCCCGAUUCAGCCGCCAAGAUGCGGAACUCAAUGGAGUAUACGCCACACUACGGUUCUCCUGCUAAAGGGCCAACAAUCACUGGGAGGUCGCUUGGCCCCGCAUCGGAUGAUCGAAGACCGUCUGGAACUCCUGCUUAAACCAACUAAAAGAAGCUAACACUGGUGACUGCUGCUCCCAUAAAGCGGUUGCCCACUCCAGGGCCUCCCCCUGAAGCAAGCUAACCAGUUGCACAGCAUCCCAGCGCACACACACAGAAAGAGAGAGAGAGAGAUGGAAAAGGAUCGCAUCCUUCCAGAUCUCGAUGAUGUCAGCAGCAGAUGGCAUCAACGUCUUUACUGUUGGAAGAAGACAGACAACAAGAAAAGACAGAGGAGGAGAAAGUCUGUUUGAGUGCGAGAGCUUCUGGAGGACGACCUGUGGAAUUUAACAAACCUUGAGGACCACCAUGUUGACAUCACGAUUUGAGGACCUUUCCUCCACACAGACUUGCAACUGGGUCAGUAGCCAAAGAGUUAAACCAGAACCUUGCAGGUCCCUGAGGGACUCGCUUCACUCUAGGAGAGAGAACAUAUCGAGGGGUGGUGAAGGUGAGGAUGAAGAGGAAGAGGGUGAUGGACUUCAACAGAGGGGUUCUGGUACAAAGAAGCUGAGCCAGGCCCGCCUGGACCGGGUUAGAAUGCAGCGCAUUGAGGCCAAUGCCCGUGAAAGGAACCGGAUGCAUGGUUUGAACAAUGCCCUGGACAGCCUGAGGAGGGUGGUUCCAUGUUACUCCAAGACCCAAAAGCUGUCUAAAAUAGAAACGCUCCGCCUGGCCAAGAACUACAUCUGGGCCCUCAGUGAGAUCCUGAGCACAGGGAAAAGGCCCGACUUGCUCACGUUUGUACACACGCUGUGUAAGGGACUCUCUCAGCCUACCAGCAGCCUGUUGGCCAGAUGUCUGCAGCUCCAUGCUCACAGGUUCUGCUCUGAACCCAGCAUGGAUUCAUUAUCCCUGUAUCAACCUCAGCAGCAGCAGCAUGGAGCAGUAACGGGCUCUGGGUCGUUGGACUGCAUCAGGCCCCUGCAGUCCUUCCACUCAUUAUGUGACCCCUACAAUGCUCUGUUUGGCAGCCCGUCUCCAGACUGCUCCACUCCUGUAGACCUGGGAAUCCUCAGUCCCUCUAUCAGCUUCAGGGGGAUUUUCUCUGUCAAACAUGAGGACCUGGACUACCGCAGCUGUCACUACCCCAUCAGCCAGGCCCAACCCAGUGAACCAUAUGGGCUGCUCCUGAGGGGACACGUUGACCAGGUGCACAACCAGCUGAACACACAAUUCUUGAAUGAAUGAAAGACUGAAACAAUCCACAUAAAAGGUGAAGUUGUCAGGAGGACCACAGUGUGAUUUACAUGUUUGGACUACAGCCAUCUCAUUAAAUUACAUGUUAAUUGUCUUGGACCAGAUGCUUUUUGGUGCAGUGCUGUGCACGGUAAAGGACAGCAUGCACAACUAUGGAUGUGUGCCUGUAAGUAAUCUCCUAUCCAUUGCAUUAAAAUGAUCUAUGCAAUAAUGAGUCACACACCUGCCAACACUCCUAAAUCUCAAAAUGAUGAUUGUAUCAGUAUUAUUGAAGAUGAAGUCAAGUUCUUUUUGCAGUGUCUAUUUUAAAUUCUUUGAUCUGACUUAAAAUAUCCACAUAAAAUUCUAUGUAUGUAUGUAUGAAUUCAGUGUUAAUGUCAUCAGAUGAGACCAAAUAUAUUCAACGACCAUUUUUUUCAUGACGAAAACAAGAUGACAACACUACCUCAUUGUUCUAAAAGCUAAGACAAAAUUAAUAUCCAUUAUUGCUGACGAAAAAGACGAGACUAAAAUGUUUUGCAUGAAAUAAAAACUGAAAUAAAAUCUCUCUCCAUUUUAGACUAACCAUGCAUUCAAAACGUUCAAAAAACAUUUUUUUUUAAAUAAUGGUGUCUCAGUUUUAUUGUUGUUUUCAUGUUCCGUUUGCAGGAGGGGGCAGUGGGUCAUCCUGCCAUGUGUUUGAGCAUAGAUCUGUAAAGGCCACUAGAGUGGACACCACCAGAAAGUUAACUUACAUUUUUUUUCUUACAAACUAGGAAUCUAAAAGCCAAAAUGUUUAUUAACUGCGCAUUAAUACCUUACACACCACGUGACUAGUCAAAUAAAUUAAUAAUAAACGUGCUGCAGAGUAAAUUCAUCAGACACCAAUGACAAUCAUUUUAUGAUAAAAACUUUACAUUUGCUCUCUGUCUCAUGGUGUUAAAGUGUCUGAUCAGCUCUCUGAGGCUCAGAUUAAAGAUACUGUGUGUAGAUUUUUGAACACAGCAGCAAAC